CCCACCCCUCACCGCGGCGCGAGGGCGUCACGUGACGCGGCGGCGGCGGCGCCCGGCGCGGUGGACGCUGGAGGCCCAAGAUGGCGGCGGAGCUGGUGGAGGCGAAGAACAUGGUGAUGAGUUUCCGAGUCUCAGAUCUUCAGAUGUUGCUGGGUUUUGUUGGCAGGAGUAAAAGCGGACUAAAACACGAACUAGUGACCCGAGCUUUGCAGCUGGUCCAGUUUGACUGCAGCCCCGAGGUGUUCAAGAAGAUCAAGGAGCUCUACGAGACUCGCUACAACAAGAAGGGCUCGGAGGUGCCGGCGGCGCCGGCGCGCGCCGAGGGCCUGGCCCUGCACUCGCCGUCCCUGGAGCGCGGCAGCGCCGUGCCCCGCGCCCUGCCCGCCGCCAGCCUCGACUACCCUGCCCUCUAUGGCAAAUACCUGAACGGACUGGGCAGGCUGCCCCCCAAGGUGGCCAAGCCCGAGGUGCGCUUGGUCAAGCUGCCCUUUUACACCACGCUGGACGAGCUGCUGAAGCCCACGGAGUUAGUUCCACAGAAUAAUGAGAAGCUUCAGGAAAGUCCGUGCAUUUUUGCAUUAACACCAAGACAAGUGGAGCUGAUCAGAAACUCCAGGGAGUUGCAGCCCGGUGUGAAAUCGGUUCAGGUGGUGCUCAGAAUCUGCUACACAGACACCAGCUCCCCUCAGGAGGAUCAGUACCCUCCCAACAUCGCCGUCAAGGUGAACCACAGCUACUGCUCCGUGCCGGGCUACUACCCCUCAAACAAACCCGGGGUGGAACCCAAGAGGCCCUGCAGGCCCAUCAACCUCACCCACCUCAUGUACCUGUCCGCGGCCACCAACCGCAUCACGGUCACCUGGGGCAACUACGGCAAGAGCUACUCGGUGGGGCUGUACCUGGUGCGGCAGAUGACCUCAGCAGAGCUGCUGCAGAGGUUGAAAACCAUCGGCAUCAAACACCCGGAGCUCUGCAAAGCGCUGGUGAAAGAGAAGCUACGCCUGGACCCUGACAGUGAAAUCGCCACCACCGGGGUGCGAGUGUCCCUCAUCUGUCCGCUGGUGAAGAUGCGCCUGUCGGUGCCGUGCCGGGCCGAGACCUGUGCACACCUGCAGUGCUUUGAUGCCGUCUUCUACCUACAGAUGAAUGAGAAAAAGCCCACAUGGAUGUGCCCCGUGUGUGACAAACCUGCCCCCUACGACCAGCUCAUCAUUGAUGGGCUCCUGUCCAAGAUCCUGACAGAAUGUGAAGAUGCAGAUGAGAUCGAGUACCUGGUGGAUGGCUCCUGGUGCCCCAUCCGAGCCGAGAAGGAGCGGAGCUGCAGCCCUCAGUGUCCAAUCCUGGUUCUAGGCUCCUCGGACGUGAACGGGCUCCUGGCCCCUGCCAACGGCACCGGCGAGAACGGCAAAGCCCCGGCGGACGUUGUGGAUUUAACACUGGACAGCUCAUCCUCCGAGGAGGACGAGGAGGAGGAUGAGGAGGAGGAUGAUGAUGAUGAGGGACCCCAGCCCAAACGACGCUGCUCUUACGAGAAAGGUUUAGUCUCUGCCUGCUGACUGCAGCUCGCAAUUCCCGACGGACAGACUUGAAUACUCUGGUGCUUAUUAAACUGGAGGAGGGGGAGAACGUCCUCUCCCACCUCAUCUCCCUCCCUCCCUCAUCUCCCGUGACUUUCCUAUUCCAAAUUACUCAUUAAAACGAGAGAAAAAAAAGAAAAGAAAAAAAAAAACACAAAACGACACAAACAAAACAAAAAAAAAAAACAAAAAACCAUUGAGCUGCUUCUUGGUUGGAAAACGACCCCACUCAGAGCCUGACCCUGAACUGGAGCCUGAAGUAAAGAAAGUGUCUUAAGCCAGGCAGGAUCCUCCCUCAGCUGGAUCCGGGAUCGGGGGAGCUCCCUGCACACCUCCAGGACACCCACCCCUGCAUCUCCAAAGCCGUGUGCAGUUCGAUCCUCUUGUUAAUUAACCAUUCCUUAAUUAAUCUAAAGGUUUUGCUGGACGUGUGAGUCCGGGGCGGGGCGGGAGGGGGGAGCGGGGAGGGCUCUGGGGGGGGUUGUGUGACCCAGAGAGGAUAGAGGGGGGUUUCUAGGGGUGGGACUGGGGGCAUGGGGUGCCGGGGGUGAGAUGUCCUCUUGGAAGUGGCACUGGUCUAGCUCAGAGCUCCAGCAGCUCUGCACCUCAUGUAAAGAGACACGGUUGGAAUUUUAACCUAAUCCCAAGGGAAGUGUAGAGAUUUGUGCAGUAGUGACUCGUUUUAGUUGAGCAGAAGCCAUGGGGGGGGUUGGGGGGUGGGAGGGGAGGGCUCGAACCACAGAUCUGUUGUAUUUUUGAAGUGCAAUAACUUUGGUGUUUUUGAAGACUGACAAGGGCUGCGCAUUCCCUUUUCGUUGAGGUUGGUUCUGGAGGCGGCCGUGACCUGCAGGCACCCCAGGGAUGGGGACAGGGACCUGCAGGCACCCCAGGGAUGGGGACAGGGACCUGCAGGCCAUCCCAGGGAUGGGGACAGGGACCUGCAGGCCACCCCAGGCCUGGGGACAGGGACCUGCAGGCACCCCAGGGAUGGGGACAGUGACCUGCAGGUCACCCCCACUGACCUGGGGAUGGGGACAGUGACGUGCAGGUCACCCCAGGCCUGGGGACAAUGAUCUGCAGGCCAUCCCCAUACCCAGACCUGGGGACAGGGACCUGCAGGUCACCCCCACUGACCUGGGGAUGGGGACAGUGACCUGCAGGCCACCCCCACACCUGGGCACACCUGGCACCACGAGCAGGAGCAGGGCAAGGGUGUCCUUCCAGAAAAUGCCGGGUGGGGGAAUCUCAGUUUUUAGCCAACUACCUCGGUAACUCCAAUUCAGGUUUCUUUGAGCCCCGAGCCCGUCCGGGCGGGCGCGAGGGCGGGGCCCGGCCGCCCCGGCCCCUCCACUUCUCUGUCCCAGCCUUUGGCCCCAGAGCCAAAGCUCCUCCUGUGCUCUUUGGUGGCAAAACGUUGUUGCUUUUGAGUUUGCCAAGCGUCACCUUUUUGACUUUGUCUUGGAGAGUUUCUGUCCCGGCCUCUGCGUCAGCUCUGCUGUUCCCACGGGCUCUGCUUUGCUCUGCACCUCGCUGGCUUUUCCCCCUGGAGCUCAGGACGACCCGGGAGGGAGCUGGCCCUGCCCCUGGGCUGGGUGAGGGGCAGGGGGCACGUCCCUGUGCCCGGAGCUGGCCUGAGACCCCCGAGGGUCUUGGUGUUGCUGGGCACUGCCGGACCCCAAACCCUCCAUCCUCCCUUAUCCCUUCCCUCAGGGUACCCCAAACCCUUUAUUCUCCUUUUAACCCUCCCUUCAGGGUACCCCAAACCCUUUAUUCUCCUUUUAACCCUCCCUUCAGGGUACCCCAAACCCUUUAUUCUCCUUUUAACCCUCCCUUCAGAGUACCCCAAACCCUUUAUUCUCCUUUUAACCCUCCCCUCAGGGUACCCCAAACUUUUUAUUCUCCCUUUAUCCCUUCCCUCAGGGUACCCCAAACCCUUUAUUCCUCCCUUAUCCCUUCCUUCAGGGUACCCCAAACCUUUUAUUCUUCCUUUAUCCCUGCUCUGGGCACCCCAAACGCUCCAUCCUCCCUUUAUCCCUCCCUUGAGGGUACCCCAAACCCUCCAUCCUUCUUUUAUCCCUACUCUGGGCACCCCAAACCCUCCAUCCUCCCUUUAUCCCUGCCUUCAGGGUACCCCAAACCUUCCAUCCUUCCCCUGCUCUGGGCACCCCAAACCCUCCAUCCCUCACCCCAGCAGCCAGGGGGGCACAGAGGGGGGGGUCUUGGUGCCUUUCCCAGCACUUCCCCCUCGCUCCAGAAAAUUCCACACGUGGCCAACCCCACCUGGAGGGAAAAGCCCCCGAGGUCCAGCCAGAGCUGCCCUAAAUCCUCGUUGGCCACUCGCCCAAAAGCAAAGACCCCUCUCCCCAGAGAGGAGGGGUCCCCUGCCAGCCUGGGGGCUCCUCUCCCAAACCCCCAGCGGGGUGGGGGUCCCCGAGCCCCUGGGGAGGGGGAUUCUGCCCUCCUGCCUGGCUGGGUUCUGCCUGCAGGAGUGUGAAGGGGUGGGGAGGAGCCCCCCUUUCCCCGGGUCUGGGGGCUCUCCUGGUCCCUCGGCAGGGCCACCUGCACUCCCAGCCUUGGCUCCCCUCUCUCUCCUGGCUGUAAGCAAUAUGUUUUCAGGUUGAAACGGGGGUGGGGGUGGGAAAAGGGGGAUGAAAACAACUGACAAAAACCCGGGUAGAGCUCCCAAAUGGAUUUUACUGUACAAAGUUCUGUGCUCGCGGCCCUGGCUGCACAGUAGCUUUAGAGUCCAGUUGUUUUCCUAAUAUUUUUAUUCUAAUUUAAUUGCUUUUAAAUUUUCCAGGCCAAGCAACUGUUUGGAAACACCAUGCUUGUUUUAGUGCUUUCUGUUGGAGUUGGCCAGCUCUUCCUGUACAUAUGUUGGUUUUAUUUUUUUUUCUUAUAUCCUGUUUUUUUUCUUCUUUGUUUUGUAAAGAGAAGAGAAAAAAAAAAAAAAAACAAAACAAACAAAAAAAAAAGAAAAUUAUUUUUCUUUCCCUCAGUACACAUUCUUCAAAUUAUAGUGUUUGUUAAAUAAAAUGAAAGAUUUACAUUUAA